AUUUUGACAGUUGUAAUUUCAUUCUACCGAAUUACGGAAGAAAUAAAUUGUGUUUAUAAAUUAUACGGUCAAAUGGAAAAAUUUUACAAAAAAAUUAACAAAAAGUAUUAAACAAUUUACAUAAUUUAUAAAGCUAAAAAGAAGUGCAAUAUUGCAAAGAUAUAUUAAAAAACAUAAACUUAUUUUAAAUCAAAUAAACUAAAAAGAACUCUAAAGAAAAUUCUGUUUACUUUCACAAAAACUAGAAGAGAAAAAAAACAGCUGGUGGUUUGGUUGUUCAUUGAGGAAAAUAAAUAAUAUACAUUCUAUGAGAAAAGAAUUUGUUUGACAUGGCAGCGUCUCAAUGCAGCACAACAAUAGAUAAUAACGCAAACUAACUAUAUUAAGCAAUUUCAUUGAACAUAGAGGGUGAUAUAUAACUCUUACAAUUACCAACGUCAUUAAGAAAAUAAAAUAAAAAAAAAUAUCCACACAAUACAAGGAAAAAAAUAUAAAUAUUUAAUUUAACAAUAUUGAAAUAGCAAGCCAAACAACAGAAUAACAAAAAAAAUGAAGUCAAAACGUGGCCUAAAAAAAUUAAAAUAAACAUAAAUUGUUAUAUGUAAUAAUAGCGUCAUUCCCAUAAUAACAAAACGCAAAAGAAGAAAAGAGUAUUUUAGCAGUUUAAGGCUGCUAUAGAAGACAACAGAAAACGACAAUCGAAUAGAACAGCAAAUUAAAAUAUUAACAUCAAACAAAUAAUGUUAACUAGAACCCAAAAGUUAAUAUUGGGUGUAACAAUACUCAUACUUGUCGAUGUAAUAUGGGUAUCUUCCAGUGAAUUAACAAAGUUUCUGUAUGAGGAUGAGAAUUUUAAGAAGCCGUUUUUCUGUACAUAUUUCAAAACCUCUAUGUUUACCAUAUAUUUGGUGAUAAUUGGUCUAAUAGCUCCCUGGAAGGAAUCGUGUGAAAGACAAAAUGGCAAUUAUGCAAUGAUGGAUCAAAAUGUGGAAGAUGAUAGUUACUAUUCCCACCAUCCUUCUUUGAGUGAUCCCACAUUUAUACCCAUACGUUCAGCAGCUAGCACCAGUGUUAAUGCCGGUGCCAUUUCCGGCACUGAAAGUGAUGACUCCAGCAUACGUUCGGUGAGAUUUAGUAAAAUGGCCGAGGUACGUGAAAUGUCGGCCCAUGAGGCUACAGAGGCAUUAAUGGCACGCCUCUCAUACGCCGCUAGCAUGCGUAUACGUAGACAAACAUCCCACAAUAAAACUGCUAAAACCGCCUUAAUGUUUUGUGUUUUGUGGUUCUUGGCCAAUUAUUUAUUCCAAGUGUCAUUGGAAAUGACCGAAACAGCCGUGGUAACUCUACUGAGUUCUUCUUCAUCACUGUUUACUUUGGCAUUGGCGGCAUUUUUUCCCUCAGCAGUGGGUGAUAAAUUUACCAUAACAAAGGUCAUAGCAGUGGCCAUGAAUAUUGGUGGGGUGGCCACCAUUACCAUCUCUGAUAUCCAAGAAGCAAACUUUUCCCGAGGUGCAUUACUGGCUUUAUUCAGUGCAUUUUUCUAUGCUGCCUAUUUGGUAUUUGUGAAAAGAAAAAGUGAUACAGAGGAAAAGAUCGAUAUACCCUUAUUUUUUGGUUUUGUGGGUUUAUGGAAUUUACUGCUAAUGUGGCCAAUAUUUUUCAUAUUGAAUUUUACAAAAAUAGAAAAAUUCGAACUACCCAAUCAAAAUCAAUUUGCAAUAUUAUUUUUAAAUGGCCUAAUUGGUACUGUGGUAUCCGAAGCUCUAUGGUUAUGGGGCUGCUUUUUAACAUCAUCCUUAAUUGGCACCAUUGCCAUCUCUCUACAAAUUCCCUUAUCAAUAUUAUUUGAUGUGUUACUCAAAAAGAAACCCUACUCACCGCUGUUUUAUAUUGGCUCAGUGCCCACUUUUGUGGCAUUAAUGCUAUUAGCUUUACUCAUGCGUAAUGAUGAUUCCGAUCCUCUCAUGCGUUUAUUUAAAGUCAUUUAUAGAAAACUAUGCAAUUGUAAAAAACCAAAUAUUGUCAGAAUAAACGAUGAAGAGCAACAGGAAUCCCUUAUUGGCAGCAAUGACUGAUUUAGUUUAAAUUAGCUCCUCUUCAAAAGUAUUUAUUAAGUUAAGUUACAAACAGACACACAAAUAAAAUGCCUCGAAAUUUGCUCAUUCAACAAACGAAGAAACAAAAACACGAGAAGUUAUAGUUCAAAACUUUAUAAUUUGGCUGUAAAUGUUAAAGGCACAACAUAAUUUCUUUUCUUUUUAUUAUUAUUUUUUUAUGAAUUUAACUACCACAUUCUAUUUUUUUACUGUUUUCUAAUCGCCCUCGGAUCUCUCCUUGUUUUAUCAUUAUUUAAAUGUAUUUUUUUUAUAUAUUUUUUAAAUACAUAAAUACAUGCACUUACUAUAAUAACAUAAUUGUAUAAAUUUGUAAAGUUGUAUAGCUUUUUAGCAUUUGUAAUGAUGUACUAACUAGUAUUUAAAACUAAAUUAAUUUUAUGUAUAUUUUUUCAUUAUUCUUAGCUGUAAUAUUAUUAUUUGUAAGCUCACAACAAUUAUUUAUCAAUAAUCAUAAAAUGCAUUAAAUUAUUUUUACACUUAUACUCAAUAGUUUAUGCAAAAUAUAAUGAGUAUCAUCAGUAACAAAUACAUGAAUUUGAUGUUAAAGGUAAAAUAAAUAAAAUAAAAAAAAUUCUUAGAAAAACACAA